GAGAACACCGCUCAUCCUGGUGACGUAACAAACGGCGCAGGAACGCUCUUCGGAAGUGACUGUUUUACAAUGACCUUUUUUUAGAUUUCUUUGACUAAUUAUACAAGCGCACGUAUAAUUAAGGUGGUGUUUAUUGUAACGUAAUACCUGCUAUCGUGACACUGUGUUGUUUGUCACUUCAGAUCGGUGAGUAUUUGAGUGUGUUCGGCUGGCUGGCUGUGUGUGCGGAAGCCAUUUCAGAUUGAAUUAACGAAGAUGAUGCGAAUAAGACGUUUAUAGACGGAUUUGUCUGCGACCAUCAUUUGGAUAAAGAAUAACGUCUCGGCGCCUCUAGUGGGAGUUUGCGUGUGCCCCUGCUUUUCCUGAGGCAUCAUGACCUGCCUGCACCUGCUGUUGACUUUGGUCUUUGCUGUCAGCUUGGGGACACCUGUGGAGAUUCAGCGGCCACGAGGAGUGCCCCUGACAAAGAAACAGUUUUAUGAGGAGAGCAAGCCUUUCACCUGUCUCGAUGGAUCCCGGACUAUUCCCUUUGACCGAGUGAAUGAUGACUACUGUGACUGCAAGGAUGGUUCAGAUGAGCCAGGCACCGCUGCUUGUCCGAAUGGCAGCUUCCACUGCACCAAUGCUGGCUACAGGCCCAUGUUUAUCCCAUCCUCCCGUAUUAAUGAUGGCAUCUGUGACUGCUGCGAUACUACUGAUGAGUACAACAGCGGAGCCAAAUGUGAAAAUACCUGCAAGGAACUAGGACGUAAAGAGCGGGAAGUUUUGCAGAAGAUGGCUGAGAUCACCAAAGAGGGCUUUCUCCUGAAACAGCAGCUCAUUGAGGAAGCCAAGAAAGGACGAGAAGAAAAGCAGGGUAAAGUGACUGAUAUGCAGGAAAAUAAGAAACAGCUCGAGGAGAAAGUUGAAGCGCUGAGGACAGUGAAAGAGGCAGCAGAGCAGCCUGAGAAGGAAGCUAAAGAGCGCCACCUCAAGGCCUGGGAAGAACAAAAGGCAGCUAUUCGCUUGGAGAAGGACAAAGCCAAAAUGGCAGAAGCCUUUUUGGAGCUGGAUGACAAUUCAGAUGGCUUUGUGUCUGUUUCUGAGCUCCAGUCUCAUGCUGAAUUGGACCCAGAUGCUGAUGGCACACUUACUGAAACUGAGGUCCAGGGACUGAUGGGAGGAGCUGCGCAGGUGGACACGUCAACAUUUGAGAGUGUUUGGACCAACAUUAAAGACAAGUACCACUCAGAGUCCCAGCCUGAGGAACCUGCCCCAGUGGAAACGCCUCCAGAUGAAGUGAAAGAACCAGCUGUAGACAAUGACUCAGAGCCAUACCCAGAAGAUGACAUCUCAGAGGAAGACGACGAGGAUGAGGAUGAUGAAGAUGAUUAUCAUGAAGACGAUGAUAAGGCGCCGCCCACCGUUAAGACUCCAGAGAAGAGUCAUGAAGAUGAGGAAGCCAUGCCACCCUAUGACCCAGACACCCAGGCCCUCAUCGAAGCUGCUCAGAAGGCCAGAGAUGACUUUGAGGAUUCUGAGAAAGCUCUUCGGGAGAUGGACGAUCAAAUCAGAAAUAUUGAAAAGGAGCUGUCGUUUGAUUUCGGCCCUAAUGCUGAGUUCACUUACAUGUACAGCCAGUGCUACGAACUUUCCACUAGCGAGUACAUCUACAGACUCUGUCCUUUCAACCGGGUUUCACAGAAACCCAAGUAUGGGGGCUCAGAGACCAACCUUGGGAUAUGGGGAAGUUGGUCAGGGCCUGAAAAUAAUAAGUACUUGGUGAUGAAAUACGAGCACGGCACUGGGUGCUGGCAAGGUCCGAACAGAUCAACUACAGUGAAGCUGACUUGUGGGAAGGAGACUGUGGUGACCUCGACGUCAGAGCCGAGUCGCUGUGAAUACCUAAUGGAAUUCACCACUCCUGCAGUGUGCCAAGAGCCAGCCAACACUGACCCCUCGCCACACGGCCACGAGGAGCUCUAGACUCCACGCUCUGCUUGUUGAUGCAUGGUGUGCCACAAAACACAUGCAAACUCUAUUUUAAAUGUCUGAAGCACUCUUAAUGGAAAAAAACAAGGCUUCAUUUUUCAAUUAUCAUAGGGUCUAAAUUGGUUUGACGCAUUAUUCACACUUUGAAUGUAAUGAGGUGUGGGUUUUGCCAUAGUGAUGACAGUUUACUGCAUGCUUUCUUAAUAGAUUCAGUUAGCCUUUAUUUAGGUGCAACAUUAUGAACUUUCUUACUGAAGACAGUUCUGUGUAUAAUAUUGCUUUGUUCCACCAAUGAAUGCAUCAGUAAUCAACAACAUUUGCAUUCUGUUUAAUAUCAAAUUUGGAAAACCUUUAGCUGUCUGGAGCAAGUGUGCAUAUCUCAAGAAUUAUAUACAGAAGAUCUUGUUUUGUUGAGUUGCAGCUUAAUCGUCUUUGACUUUAUUCAGAUUAUGAUAAGCCUUACUUGCAGUUUUCCUGAAAUUAGCUUUUCCAUCUAUACUGAUGCACACUGUGCAUUAUCAUCAAUUUAUGACCCUAAAGUGCAGUUAAUUGUGUAUUAUGUUCUUCAGAAUACAUUAAUUGUUUGUGUGUGGGGACAAAUCAAUAUUAACUUUUUCCCCUCUCUCUGUCUCUCGUGGUCUGUAGGUUGUUGCUCUGUGGGAACAUUAACUUCAUUUCCUGUUCGGGCUGUUUAAGAACCUCUUUCAUUAGUUGUGAAUCAGCUAAAUGAGGUUGAAAGUUGGGAGAACAUUACGUUUGGUAAACUGUAAUGUUUUGUUGUUGUUUUUACUGGGGUAAAAUCUGAUCUCUUUACAUUCCAUGGAUAAUUUUGAAAUAAAUUCAACAAAAAAAUAAAAAAUUGUGACUUGUUCAAAAAUGUACUCUACUGUCUAGUACAUGAACACAGAGUCUGAUAGCCCUUUCCCUUUGGCUACGUAAGAAAAACUGCGACAGUUAAGCACUGUUGAAAUAAAAUCUGCUUCAUAUUUCAAAAA